AUGUCGCAAGAAGCCCCGACGUUGCAAUCCUCCAAAGCUGAAGUAUGGUACCUCAAGGAGAUCACAUUUGGCACAAAGAGUAUUGAAAGGCGGACCUUGAAGGUCAUAACACAGAAUUUCAAUGGACCAUGCUCAUUUAUCGCUAUAUGCAAUAUUUUGAUUUUACGAGGAAACAUCGACAUCCAGCCACCAGAACGGAGAACGGUCUCCUACGAGUUUCUCUCUCAGUUAGUUGCCGAAUAUCUGCUUGCAAGCUCCCCUGAUGUUGAUAUCUCCGCGGCACUGUCCGUCAUGCCUUACACCCAAAAGGGAAUGGACUUGAAUCCGGUAUUCACGGCGGCUACAUCAUUUCGACCGGGAGGAGCAGGUGACGAAUUGAAACUAUUCGAACAAGCCGGCAUCACGCUGGUGCAUGGAUGGCUAGUUGCCCCGGACAGCCCAGAGGCGACGGCGCUGGAGACGAUCCAGGAUUAUGACGCCUCGGUAUCUUUGAUUGCCGAAGUGGACCACUUGACACACGGGAAGUUCGUCUUCAACGAGGACGCGGCCGUUACUACUGCACCAAGUCCGACAAGCCCUACGACGAAUUGGUCAGAGGAGGAUCAGAAGAAGGUAGAGAAUGCCAUCAUCAUCCGUCAGUUUCUUGAACUGACGCAGUCUCAAUUAACCUACCAUGGUCUUUUCCACCUCGCUGCAACCCUCGAGCCAGGGGCACUCGUAGCCCUAUUCCGCAACUCCCACCUUUCGGUCCUCUACAAAUCAGAAGACGAAGAUGCCGGACUUUACACGCUCGUCACAGACCAGGUUUUCCUACGUGAGCCAUCCGUCGUCUGGGAACGUUUGGAAGACGUCGAUGGUGGUUGGUCAACGUUCGUUGACUCCGAUUUCGUGCGGGCCAGUCCCGCAGGGGGUGAUUUCGCAGGCCAGACUGCGGAAGAUGCACUGAGGGCGCAGGAAAACCUUGAAGGCCAAAGAUCUGUAGAUCCAGCUGACCAUGCAUUGGCGCAGCAGCUGCAGGCUGAAGAGGAAAUCAUUGCGCGUCGGCAGCAUGAAGAAUAUGUGCGGGAGCAGCGGGCUAAGCGUGAUGCCAGGGCGCAGCUGCCGAACGGGCACCCUCUAGAAAAACCCCUCAAGGAGAAAAAGAAGAAGGAUUGUAUCAUCAUGUAG